CAUGUGUUUUUAAAGUAUAAAAAACAUCUUGCAAUGAAAUGCUCAUCUGAAUAUUUGAGUUAUACUGAUUUGUGUCGUCUUACAUUAGAGGUGUAUUUCUAAAGUCUUUGGGUAUACAUUAAAGGGCUUAAUAUGACAGUGUAAUUUACAUUUGAAAAAAUCGUUUUUCUUUUUCUGUGCACUUGGGAGUUUAAAUGAAUCAUACCAUGUUUUAGAUUGGUAACCCAUGGUUGAAAUCAAAUGCCAGGUUUCAUUUAUUGCUACUUUGAUAACGAAUAUUAUAAAGCAGUGAUGGGGAUUUUGUUGACCAAAUGAGGAUUGAUGAUGUUUUUUUCAGUAUAGAGAACAAAGAAUAAAAUGGUCUAUCAUUAAUGUAAAAUAUGUUAGAGUACACAUCUGUAGUUAAUACAGAUGUAGUGUUCUUUGAAUGAUGUUAGGUGGUUGGUCUUUGUAAAUUGAAAACUGAGUUUUUGGAUUUUGAUUUUGAUGCAAAUAUAUCUGUAGAAUUGAGACUUGAUCAUGAAUUUUAAGUUUACUUAGAAUUAACAUAAUUGCUUUUGGUUGUAAAACUAAAACUGAUGAGUGACAUGGUUUUGACCAACAGGGGUCAUUCAGUAAAGGACUGUUUGAGUUCUUUGGGCAUGUCUGUGUGGUUGGUUACUUGUUUGUACUGGGUGAACACUUUGUUGCAUUUGUAAUUUAUUUCUAUAGACCUUGUACUUCCAUCUUGAGGGAGUUUGUCUUUGAUAGUUGAUAACUGGCUGGUAGAUGUGACCUGUGGUUGAUGAAAUGUGAGUGUACCUAGAAUCUGAUUUGAAACAUGAGUGAAGGGUUCUUUGGUUUUGGAGUUGAGUUUGAGUGUUUGAUUUAAAAGUGACCAAGGUUAGUGUAUAUUCUUGAAUUCGAAGUUAUUAAUUUUGCUUAAAUAUAUAUAAGAAGUAAAUAUGUUUGAUGUGUUGCACUUCCAAGGUUGAUGGUUUACAAAGAAGUUGGUUUGUUCUGGGGGGGAAAAUGGUUGAACUAACUUUUGCUCUACUGCAGUUGAACACUAGGGAGGCGCUCUUGAGUUGUAAAAAAUUACCCUUUUCAGUUGAGGUGGAAAAUUCCCCCUUAAUCUUUAGUUGUUUUUAGGUGCCAUAAAGAUGGCAAGAAUUGAUUUAAUUUAUGGUGUUGAAAUGUUGUUUAUGUUUACAAGCCAUUUUACCCAUGGUGGGUGUUAAUUUUUUAAAAGAUUAGUACUUAAACUGAGCUUUAGAGUCUUUAAAAAUUAUCUUUAUUUCAAAAUGGCUUGAUAAAACUCCACUUCCUGUCCAGGGAGGAAGUUAUUUUAGCUCAAGGACUGAAAUAUUUAGCAGAUCUUUAGACAAAAGGAACAAAUUACAUUUCUCUCUGGCUUAAAAAGGGUGCUUGAGCCAGAGGGGGUUAAGAAGCCCUUCCCCCUCCCCCUGAUGGAGUGGUCUGGAGGGGCAGGGAGGUGUGGAGUUGGGGGUCCUCAGCCUCCCUUGGAUGGAGGAUCUGGUUCUUUUUCUUUCUUUUUUUUUUUUUUUUUUGGUGGAGAUGAAGGGGUGGGUCUAUGGUACAUCACCUGAGUUGUGGGGUAAAUGUAGAGAGUGUCAAUCAAAGGCAGAGCUCUCAGAGCUGGGAAGGAGGCUCUAGAUGGCGGCUGUGCCUUAGAGAGAGCGCGCUUUGCUCCCUGCUUCGGUUCACUUUACGCAACUUUCCCUAACUUUCGGGCAGCCUCAGGGGGCCCCCGCAGCCCCCUGCCUCUCCUAGUGACUUACUGGGGUCGAUCCGAACCUUUUUUUGGGAGAAAAGCUGCUUUUAGGAGCUUUCUUUUCGUGCCUUGUUGGAAGAAGCUGCCGUAUUGAGAGCCCAGGUCGUUGUUUUUUCCAGCUUAGAAGCCAUGGCGCACCUCCAUUUUUGUGCGCUCUCCUAAUGAGGUUUUUUUUCUCUUCCGGACCUGUUUUAGUAUUAAUUAUUGCUUUAUUUUUUGACAAGUUAACAUAUUUGAGGAUUAUUUCAUUUACUUUUUGUUUUUUAACGGAGGAUUUUGCGUUUUUAAAAAUUAUUCUGGAUCUGAUAUUUUUCUACUACUAGAUAGGACUCUUGCUUUGGACAUACUACAUGGAUCAGUAAAUACCUGGGCACAGGACUUCAAAGCAAACACAGAUUUCCCCUCCCCCUUAAUAUUUAAGAAUUAAAAGAUGAUGAGAAAUAAGGACAAAAGCCAAGAGGAGGACAGUUCGCUACACAGCAAUGCAUCGAGUCAUUCAGCCUCUGAAGAAGCUUCGGGUUCAGACUCUGGCAGUCAGUCUGAAAGUGAGCAGGGCAGCGAUCCCGGAAGUGGACAUGGCAGUGAAUCCAAUAGCAGUUCGGAAUCUUCUGAAAGCCAAUCAGAGUCCGAGAGUGAAUCGGCAGGUUCCAAAUCGCAGCCAGUCCUUCCAGAAACCAAAGAGAAACCUGCCUCCAAGAAGGAACGGAUAGCUGAUGUGAAGAAGAUGUGGGAAGAAUAUCCUGAUGUUUAUGGGGUUAGGAGGUCAAACCGAAGCAGGCAAGAGCCAUCACGAUUUAAUAUCAAGGAAGAGGCAAGUAGCGGUUCUGAGAGUGGGAGUCCGAAAAGAAGAGGCCAGAGGCAGCCGAAAAAACAAGAAAAAUGGAAACAGGACCCCUCAGAAGACGAACAAGAACAGGGAACCAGUGCAGAGAGUGAGGCAGAACAAAAGAAAGUAAAAGCUAGAAGACCCGUCCCUAGAAGAACAGUGCCCAAACCCCAAGUUAAAAAGCAACCUAAGAUUCAGCGUGGAAAGAGGAAAAAACAAGAGUCUUCAGAUGACGACGAGGAUGAUGACGAAGCUCCCAAAAGGCAGACUCGGCGACGAGCUGCUAAGAACGUGAGUUACAAAGAAGAUGAUGACUUUGAGACUGAUUCAGAUGAUCUCAUUGAAAUGACUGGAGAAGGAGUUGAUGAACAGCAAGAUAAUAGUGAAACUAUUGAAAAGGUCUUAGAUUCAAGACUGGGAAAGAAAGGAGCUGACCUGAAUCCUUUUGCAGCCACUGGAGCAUCUACCACUGUGUAUGCUGUUGAGGCUAAUGGAGAUCCCAGCGGUGACUUUGACACGGAGCGUGAGGAAGGUGAAUUCCAAUACCUUAUCAAGUGGAAGGGCUGGUCUUAUAUUCACAGCACGUGGGAGAGCGACGAAUCCUUACAACAACAGAAAGUGAAGGGCCUAAAAAAACUGGAGAAUUUCAAAAAGAAAGAGGAUGAGAUCAAGCAAUGGUUAGGGAAAGUUUCUCCUGAAGAUGUUGAAUAUUUCAAUUGCCAACAGGAGCUGGCAUCAGAGUUGAAUAAACAGUAUCAGAUAGUAGAAAGGGUAAUAGCUGUGAAGACAAGUAAGUCUACACUGGGCCAAACAGAUUUUCCAGCUCACAGUCGGAAGCCAGCACCUUCAAAUGAGCCUGAGUAUCUGUGCAAGUGGAUGGGACUGCCCUACUCAGAGUGCAGCUGGGAAGACGAAGCCUUGAUUGGAAAGAAAUUCCAGAAUUGUAUCGACAGCUUCCACAGUCGAAACAACUCCAAAACCAUUCCCACAAGAGAAUGCAAGGCACUAAAGCAAAGACCACGGUUUGUAGCUUUGAAGAAGCAGCCGGCAUACUUAGGAGGAGAGAAUCUGGAGCUCCGAGACUAUCAGCUGGAGGGCCUCAAUUGGCUUGCUCACUCCUGGUGCAAAAGUAACAGUGUAAUCCUUGCUGAUGAAAUGGGCCUAGGAAAGACCAUCCAGACCAUAUCGUUUCUCUCCUACCUGUUCCACCAGCACCAGCUCUAUGGGCCCUUUCUUAUAGUCGUUCCCUUAUCUACCCUUACCUCAUGGCAGAGAGAGUUUGAGAUCUGGGCACCAGAGAUUAAUGUCGUGGUUUACAUAGGUGACCUGAUGAGCAGAAAUACGAUAAGGGAGUAUGAGUGGAUUCAUUCUCAAACCAAAAGGUUGAAGUUCAAUGCACUUAUAACAACGUACGAGAUCCUCUUAAAAGACAAGACCGUGCUGGGCAGUAUUAACUGGGCCUUCCUGGGAGUAGAUGAAGCCCAUCGGUUGAAGAACGAUGACUCUUUAUUGUAUAAAACUCUGAUUGAUUUCAAGUCCAACCAUAGGCUACUGAUCACGGGCACCCCUCUUCAGAAUUCCCUCAAGGAACUUUGGUCCUUGCUGCACUUUAUUAUGCCGGAGAAGUUUGAGUUCUGGGAAGAUUUUGAAGAAGACCAUGGGAAAGGGAGAGAGAACGGCUACCAGAGUCUUCAUAAGGUACUAGAGCCUUUUCUUCUUCGAAGAGUCAAAAAAGAUGUGGAGAAAUCCCUUCCUGCCAAAGUGGAGCAGAUUCUCAGGGUGGAGAUGUCAGCCCUUCAGAAACAGUAUUAUAAAUGGAUCCUGACCAGGAAUUACAAGGCUCUUGCCAAAGGAACAAGAGGCAGCACGUCAGGCUUCCUCAACAUUGUGAUGGAGCUGAAAAAGUGCUGCAACCACUGCUACCUGAUCAAAGCUCCCGAGGACAGCGAGAGGGACACCGGCCAGGAGGUCCUUCAGUCCCUAAUUAGGAGCAGUGGGAAGCUGAUUCUGUUAGACAAACUGUUGACAAGACUCCGAGAAAGGGGGAACAGAGUCCUUAUCUUCUCUCAGAUGGUGAGGAUGCUGGACAUCCUGGCUGAGUACCUGACUAUCAAACACUAUCCUUUCCAGCGCCUGGAUGGUUCUAUCAAGGGAGAAAUCCGAAAACAGGCAUUGGAUCACUUCAAUGCAGAUGGGUCUGAGGACUUCUGUUUCCUGCUCUCCACACGGGCUGGCGGCCUGGGAAUCAAUUUGGCUUCAGCGGACACAGUCGUCAUCUUUGACUCUGACUGGAACCCCCAGAACGACUUGCAGGCACAAGCCCGAGCACACAGAAUUGGCCAGAAGAAGCAGGUGAAUAUUUACCGUCUGGUUACAAAGGGGACUGUGGAAGAGGAGAUCAUAGAACGAGCCAAAAAGAAGAUGGUGUUGGACCAUCUGGUGAUUCAGCGCAUGGAUACCACUGGCAGGACAGUUCUUGAAAACAACUCAGGAAGAUCCAACUCAAAUCCUUUUAAUAAAGAGGAGCUGACAGCUAUUUUGAAAUUUGGAGCAGAGGAUCUCUUCAAAGAAAUGGAAGGAGAGGAGUCAGAGCCUCAGGAAAUGGAUAUAGAUGAAAUUUUGCGUUUAGCUGAAACAAGAGAGAAUGAAGUGUCAACUAGUGCAACAGAUGAGCUGCUAUCACAGUUUAAGGUUGCCAACUUUGCAACGAUGGAAGAUGAGGAGGAGCUAGAAGAGCGUCCUCACAAGGACUGGGAUGAAAUCAUUCCCGAAGAGCAAAGGAAAAAAGUGGAGGAGGAAGAGCGGCAGAAGGAGCUGGAAGAAAUUUACAUGCUGCCCCGGAUUCGCAGUUCUACUAAAAAGGCUCAGACAAAUGACAGUGAUUCUGACACUGAGUCUAAGAGGCAGGCCCAGAGGUCUUCUGCUUCCGAGAGUGAGACGGACGAUUCUGACGAUGAUAAGAAGCCGAAGCGCAGAGGGCGCCCCCGAAGUGUGCGCAAAGACCUUGUGGAGGGCUUCACUGAUGCCGAGAUUAGGAGGUUCAUCAAGGCUUAUAAGAAGUUUGGUCUUCCUCUUGAAAGGCUGGAAUGCAUAGCACGUGAUGCCGAGCUAGUCGAUAAGUCUGUGGCAGACUUGAAGCGCUUGGGGGAGCUGAUUCAUAAUAGCUGUGUGUCGGCAAUGCAGGAGUAUGAGGAACAGCUGAAGGAGAAUGCCAGCGAAGGAAAAGGACCAGGCAAGAGAAGAGGCCCGACAAUCAAGAUCUCUGGGGUUCAGGUUAAUGUGAAGUCCAUCAUCCAACACGAAGAGGAGUUUGAGAUGCUGCAUAAAUCUAUCCCUGUGGACCCUGAGGAAAAAAAAAAAUACUGCUUAACCUGCCGAGUCAAAGCAGCACAUUUUGACGUCGAGUGGGGCGUGGAGGACGACUCUCGUCUCUUGCUUGGAAUCUAUGAACACGGCUAUGGAAAUUGGGAGCUGAUUAAGACUGACCCAGAGCUAAAGCUAACUGACAAAAUUCUGCCGGUGGAGACAGAUAAAAAGCCUCAGGGGAAGCAGCUGCAGACCCGAGUGGACUACUUGCUUAAGCUGCUCAGGAAGGGUCUGGAGAAGAAGGGCACCGUGGCCAGCGGGGAAGAGGCCAAACUAAAGAAGCGGAAGCCUCGAGUAAAGAAGGAGAACAAAGCGCCCAGGCUGAAGGAUGAGCACGGGCUGGCCCUGGCGUCUCCUAGACACUCUGACAAUCCAUCUGAAGAGGGGGAGGUGAAGGAUGAUGGUCUAGAAAAAAGUCCAACGAAAAAAAAGCAGAAGAAGAAAGAGAACAAGGAGAACAAAGAGAAACCUGUGAGUUCUCGGAAGGACAGGGAAGGAGACAAAGAGAGGAAGAAGUCCAAGGACAAGAAAGAGAAGGUUAAAGGCGGUGAUGCCAAGGCUUCAAGUAAAUCCAAGCGAUCUCAGGGUCCUGUCCACAUUACAGCAGGAAGUGAGCCUGUUCCCAUUGGCGAGGAUGAAGAUGAUGAUCUGGACCAGGAAACCUUCAGCAUUUGUAAGGAGAGGAUGAGGCCCGUGAAGAAGGCACUGAAACAGUUGGACAAACCGGACAAGGGACUUAGUGUGCAAGACCAGCUGGAACACACCAGGAACUGCCUGCUCAAAAUCGGAGACCGCAUAGCCGAGUGCCUUAAAGCUUACUCAGACCAGGAGCACAUCAAGUUGUGGAGGAGGAACCUAUGGAUUUUUGUUUCCAAGUUUACAGAAUUUGAUGCACGAAAACUACAUAAGUUAUAUAAGAUGGCUCAUAAGAAAAGAUCUCAAGAAGAGGAGGAACAAAAGAAGAAAGAUGAUUCGCUUGGUGGUAAGAAACCAUUUCGACCAGAGGCCUCGGGCUCAAGCCGGGAUUCUCUGAUAUCUCAGUCCCAUACCUCACACAACCUUCAUCCUCAGAAGCCUCAUUUACCUGCCUCCCAUGGCCCACAGAUGCAUGGACAUCCAAGAGAUAACUACAGUCACCCCAACAAGAGACAUUUUAGUAAUGCAGAUCGAGGAGACUGGCAGAGGGAGAGAAAGUUCAACUAUGGCGGUGGUAACAAUGCCCCCUGGGGGGGCGACCGGCACCAUCAGUAUGAGCAGCAUUGGUAUAAGGACCACCACUAUGGUGAGCGGAGACAUACGGAUGCCCACCGUUCUGGAAGCUACCGACCCAACAACAUGUCCAGAAAGAGACCGUAUGAGCAGUACAACAGCGACCGAGACCACCGGGGACACAGAGACUAUUAUGACAGGCACCAUCAUGACUCCAAGCGGAGGAGGUCAGAUGACUUUAGACCCCAGAAUUACCACCAGCAGGAUUUCCGACGAAUGUCUGACCACAGACCCGCCAUGGGUUACCACGGCCAGGGACCCUCAGACCAUUACCGCUCUUUCCACACAGACAAGUUGGGGGACUAUAAACAGCCCAUGCCUUCAUUGCACACCACGCUCUCAGACCCUCGCUCACCCCCUUCCCAGAAAUCUCCCCAUGAUUCCAAGUCACCCUUGGAUCAUAGGUCUCCUUUGGAGAGAUCACUAGAACAGAAAAACAACCCAGAUUAUAACUGGAAUGUUCGGAAAACAUAAAGGAGCACUCCUGAAGGGGAGUGGGCACCGGAGUCCUCAGGUACUCAGGCGUCGUGGUCGGAUGCAGCCGUGGCCAGUGGUCAGGCUGCUGAGUGGAGUUUCUGGAUACGUUGCUGCCGAAUCCACUGACUUGGCAGCUGAAGGAGCACUUGAAGGAGUUGGAGGCCUUCGUCUGCUGCUUUGGUUUGGUCUCCACUCCUGCACUUUGGCACCCCCACCCAUCCUAGCCUAUCAUGGCCUCCCACCCCCAUGGGUGCUAGGAGGAGGGGACUAUGUUCCAGCUUCAUUGGGCUGCUUCCUCUGUGAAGGAAUCCAUGAUCUUGAGAGUCAGUGAUCUUCUAUUCAGCAUGAGUGACCAGGGCAAGGACCUGCUGGACAGUGUGAUUGGUUCACCAUGACACGAGGGAUGCUGCCCAUGGGAAGUGGGGCAACAGGGUGGGUUUCACACUGCAAGACUUGAAAGGGGAGCAGGUGUACCCCUUAGCUGUGUUCUUGAGAGAAAUGAUACAUUUGUCUCAUUAUGUGAAGUGGGCUGGGGUAACGAGACAGGGAAAUGGCCUCCUCCCUGCCAACACUAAUUUUCCCCACACUAUCUUUGUACAUUUCAAAGGUUUGGUCUUCUGGGUGAUGUCCGUUUCUCCUCAUUGUCAGGGAAGUCGGGUCCCUCUGGCUGACUUAGAGAACUGUGACUUGGGCAUUGCUGAUGCCAGCGUGGGGCUUACUUGUUUGGGGUUUGGGCUAAGUGGGUGUAAGGGUGGAGAUGGGGGUGGGAUAGCAUAACCAGGAAAACAGGAAUCCCUGGUGGGUUUCUGAUUCCUGUGGUCAGAAGGAGAGUCACAGGGCCUGGAGAUGGAGAUGGAGGUGGAGGUAGCCUGCUGAUGGGAUUCCUGCUGGUGAGCCCAGAUGUGGGACAUACAUGCAGGGUUUGUUGACAGUGCCGGCAAGCAGGAGUGGGAGGGUGUCAGUAUUGGAGUGGGAGGGUGAAUUGUAGCUGCAUCUUGGUUCCUUUACACAGCUUGAAGGGGCAGCUGCACAGACCCAAACAUCUGACAGCUGGGAUGUGGUCAGGUGAGAAGCUACAUUUCCAUUACAAGUUGGAACUCAGUAGAAUCAAACCUUAUUUACAUUAAGAUCUGUAGAAUAUAAUCCUAAGUUAAAUUUUCCCCCAAAUCACAAGCAUCUGUGAUGGGGUAGCCAGGUUGUUGUUAAGAUGGCAGCGGUUGGUCAGCGUCAGGUUGGGCUGGGUUGUGGAACAGAUGGGAUGUAUCAUUGACUGGCUCUUCUCAGUGUAUGGAUACUGGGCUGGGCCUUGGGUUUUACUCACUUUCAGUAUAGCUUGCCAGUAUUGUUAAGGUAUCCAAAGCCUUUCUAGAUGGAGACAGGAAAACUGACUUGAACAUAUGGUAGGUGUGCCUCUGUAAGGGUUUAGGCUCAUUCUAAGUUGAUGAAAAGUCUUGUUUGGACAUAUGCAGGGUUUGGCUCCCUGAGCACUUGGAGGGAUGGUCAUCCCAGGCAGUACCAUUAAUGACUUGCCCAAGACAAGUACGAGUUGUGCCCUUGAGUGAACCAUCUGGUUAUGCAUGGUUUUGGGGCCAUGGCUUUUGCUGCUUUAGAGCACCACGGACCUGGCUGGUGCUCAGUCGGUCCCUGCGGCUAGUGCUCGGUAGACUGUUACCUUCUGGGCUCCUCAUGGCACCGGCUCUUCACCUUGACCGUGUGCAAGCCUGCAGCAGAGCCCACUGACUGCAUGGGAGUCCCCCUGCUAGAGUUUGCUGCCUGGUGGCUUGUUGGACUUGUCAGUCAAGGCUGAAAGGUCUUCUUUGGCCACACAGUGAAAAGUGAACUGUAGCUGGAGCUAGUGCUGACCACGUGACACUAUCUGUGUUCCAUUUGCCGAGCUCUUGGCUGCUGAGCUGGAGGGUGGCAAGCAGAGGAGAUGCCCUUCGGAAGGGGCGGCCUUGCCUUUCCAUAUUCACCACGUCAUGUCUUUCAGCUUGUUGGUAGAAGUUACAAAUUAUUCUCAAAGCUGUCUGUCUCAUCAUGAGGAAAAAGGAACUUCCUUUUCAUGUUCAGGACUUUGAGGGUACAGUGCCAUAAAAUGUAGCAAAGGCCAUCCAGGCCAGGUCAGUGUUACAUUGAUUCUAAGGUAACAGUAUCUCCCAUCAAACAUCUGCUGGAGGUGGUGGAGUGAACUUGAAGAGGGGGUUGGGAGAAAGGAAGCACUCCUCGUGCUUUAAACCAGUAUGUGCAUCGUAUGCUUACAGCAGAAGUUUGCACAGGUAAGGGAAGCUGCCAAUGGAGUUGUGUGGAGCCUGGCUCUGGGCAGCUCAUUACUGAGGAAGGGGCAGGACUUGGGGAAGUUAUGUGUAUUGUCAAGUCCUGAAGUCCCAUGAUGCACUGUGUCUGUAGAACAGGAAGGUGAAGCCUCCGCUGACCACUGUGUCCUCUCGGACUUGGCCGGCCUACAGGAUCCCAGCCUGGCGUUGCUUCCCUCUACUCUGUAGUCAUUCCUUAAGCCCCACCAAGGGAGCGCAGACAUUUCUCACUGUGCUGCUGGCCUUCUGACCUGGUGUGUCUGAGAGCUGCAUCAGGCUUCGCAGAGCUGAGUGUUCACACACAGCAACACUGAGAUCCUACAGACCAAAACCCACUUGUCAGCAGGAGCCAUGGUCCAGGCCCAGCACCUGUGGUCUUCUAGCCGAGGCCAGCUAUGCUGGGUGAGGACAACCAUGCCAAGGGUCCCGGCUGCUUUAGCCCGUCUGUGCCCUACCCACUGGGGACAGGGGUUUUUCUUGUAAACUUGUGGACUUUUGAAACCUGUUGACUAAACAGUAAUUAAUUUAUAUUUGUGAAAAAUGCCACUGUCCUGGUGAUUUCUGAUGUAAAUAAUAUUGUUUAUAUAGUAUGUAUUAAAUUUUCCUACAUUGUAAAA